GUAUUGCAACGAGAGGGUAAGUGAAAUUUUGCAAACGAGGUCUUCAGAUGCACGACAGCCGCAUUAAAGACUUAGAAAUAUCAGUAUUUUAGAAGUAAAAGUCAUGUAUACCUUGGUUCGUAUGAAUUAAUGACACAAUAAAAAAACUAUAAAUCCUUGAAGAGAUAUAGCUUUUUUGUCACAAUCCAUAACUCCCGCGGGAACAAUAGAUGCCUUUGUCCUUCAGUAUACCUGCAUGAAAUAAGAUCUUUUUCGCGCAAGUGUGAUGAAAAGCAAAUUACGACAAUAAUUUCAACUGACUUUCCAGUACCACCUUCUACCUCAAUUAAACAAACCCAAGUCCGAGAUUAAUUACAUGCUCUGAUUAGGUAAGUAUAUUUCCUAUAUUUCGAAUUACCAUAUAUUUUGUGGUAACUCUUUUAGAUACGUUGAUAAUAUACAUAUAUGUUUCGAAGAUCUAGUCGAGUUACACCAUCUGAAUCAUCUUUAGAAAAUUGGCGUUAAGUGUUAUGCCGGAUUACUCACAACUGUACGUACAGGAUAUGCACAAUAAACUUAUUACCAUUAAUAAAAAUUAUAUUUCGAGAUUACUAAGGCGUACUGACGGCCUGAAACGUAUCAUUCGUGCCAUUCCCGCCGCCGCCGCCACAAUGUCGCCGGUCGCUCGCUCGCUGCUCGCGCUCGCCGCACUGCUUGCCACCGCCGACGCCGUUUGCACUUCAAACGUACAUGGGAAUGAUACAGACCAUGUGGAACUUUUAGGGCCAUUUGAGGUUUCCAGUUCAGACGCCGAAAACGGGAAAGUCAUUACUAUUGAAGACACCUGCGGGUUUGGAAAACCAGUAGGCGUAACAAUAAACGCCUGCAACAGCCACUCCAGCCGAACGUUUUCAGACGGGGAACCGCCACGUCUCAGCUCCAACAUGAGUCGUGCGGAGGUGCGGUGCGAGCCCCGAGCUUGCCCGUCCGGAAUUCAUGUGCAAGUCAUACAGUACUGUGAUUCAGGAAACUAUGUACCUAGACCAUAAAUAUACGAAAAUUGGAAUUUCUUAAAUUUAUUUAUUUGACCAAAGCGUAGCGAAGGCUUACGUUUUGACUCGGGCAAUCUGCUUUCGUAUGUCCGGAUGUUCUCCUCUACAGGUCUACUCGUACAACCGAUUCGCGUGAAAUUUUGUGACCAUAUUCUAUGAUUCAAUAGAUUUAUUUUGUCGAUCCAGAUUUGAUCCAGCGGAUUCAUGGUACGUCACACGUAAACAAAUAGUUGUAUCGAUAUGAUAAGAGUUUCUUCCAUGACAAACAUGUUUACAGAUUGAUUUGCAAAAAAAUCAGAUAUUUUAGACCGCAGAUUUAGGGGGUAUUUAGACAUUUUCGCUAUGGCGCUUGAACCAAAACAUUUAGUACGAAGGCUACUGUUUGUUAAAUUAAGAUUGUUUACGAGUGUUGAAGUAAGAACUUGGAGUUAAAUAAAAGUAAUUGAUUGUACCAAGGACUUUGAUUCAUCAAAUCAUCACAUUGGUUUUUGUGAAACUACUUUAACUGCUCAAUUACGUUAUCAUAUCUUGUGGCUCUAUUUGCUGUGGUAAGUAUAGCUUUCAACAUCUCUCAUGAACCACACCUAAUCUAAAGCGUUUGGUUCUGUUUCAUGGCCUUUUGAAUAGUUUGUCGUGUAAGUAUACAUAUAUAUUCAUUAUAAUAUCAUAACUUUCCUCUUGUCGGCGGAACGUAUAUAUUGUGGCAUACAAAUCGAAGAUCAACAGAG